AUGAACGACCGCGUGGAGGCGCUGGAGCUGCAGCACAUAAAGCUGCUGUCGCAGCUGGUGCUGCUGCAGGAAGAAGCAGAAGCAACAUGUUUGCUGCUGUUUGCUUCUCCUCAGCAGCACGGCUUCGAUGCUGAACUUGUCAUCAAGAGACACUUGCUCAGCCUCGCGGAGGAUGGCCCAACUGCAGCAACAGCAGCAGCACCAGCAGCAGCAGCAGCAGAAGGCAGUGCAGCAGCAGCGCCAGCUGCAGCAGCAGCAGGCAGUGCAGCAGAGCCACGCGCGCCGCCAGCGGCAGCAGACAGCGCAGCAGCAGCAGCAACCGCAGCAGACAACGCAGCAGCAGCAGCAGCACCGGACAACGCAGCAGCAGCAGCAGCAACAGAUAACGCAGCAGCAGCAGCAGCAACAGAUAACGCAGCAGCAGCAGCAGCAACAGAUAACGCAGCAGCAGCAGCAGCAGCAGAAGAGCGUUGGUCUGAGCUGCUGCGUUGCUUCUCGGAAAUAAAAAAAGAAUUAAUUGUUUUAAAACAAACUCAAAGACAGACACAAAAUGGACAACUGUCGCAGCCCAUGGCUGCUGUCCUCGCCAGGGCUGUCGAAGCAGCAGAAGUUUUGGAGGGCAACGGUAGAGACGGCCGCAAAGACAAGAAAAGGAAAAAGAAAAAAUCAAGAAAGGA